GAGAAAGAGGACAGCCACAUGUCGAGCUGUUAGCUUCUGACUGUACACAGCUCUCUACCAUGGGAAAAAUACACUCAUUGACCAGAAUGGAGAGCGUCCACAGCAGCUUUUCUCAGGAAACUUCAAAGCAAAAUCGAGCAUGAAGAACUUUCUCACGUUCACUAUGGAGGGAAACUUGUAGCUCAGUUGUUCAAUUGAAGACACGAUGCUUCAGUCAGACAACCAGUACUCCAAACUGCGAUGGUUAUUAACCCUUGGUGGACUCUUCUUGUAUGUGUUUGACAUAUGGACAGACGUCGGACUGGCUCUGAAACAUUUCCAGGACGGGCACUAUGUGUGGAGUGGACUGACUGUAAUGUUUGUUCUGACUGGGCUGCUGGUCACCCAGAUCUUCAGUAUCGCCUGGUACUGGGAUGAUAUGAGCAAUGUUUUCAAUAAACCCGCAGGGAAAAUCAAGCACAUCAGGCCGACAAAAUGUGGACUUGCUGCCCUGCAUGUAUUUGGAAUGGGCGUCUUCACCAGGUAUUAUCACCUUCUGAAGAAAGGCAUCGACGUGAUUUGGACAUCAACAAAUUCCUACACAGAGGAAGAAAUCAGGGAUGUGCAUAAGAUACUGUUUGGUCUGGCGACUGAUCUGAGCAUGUUGAGACUGUUUGAGGCGUUCCUGGAGAGUGUCCCCCAGCUCCUUUUACAGAUUUAUAUAAUCUUAGGCCAUGAUGAGGGCUCAGUCAUGCAGUAUUUAUCUGUGGCCUUCUCCUUCUUCAAUGCUGCCUGGGCGUUGGUGGACUAUCGCCGCUGUUUGCGCAGGUCUCUUCCCAACAUCAGAGAGAUGCCUUCCGGCCUCCCCACAGCCAUCUACCUCCUUUACAAACUCUGCACCAUCACCAGCCACAUUCUCAGCUACAGCCUCCUUCUCAUGUUAAGCACCUACAGCACAAUAGCCCUCACUGUCGUUUGGCUGCUGGGAACAGUAUGGACACACUUGCUUCACACCAACUUCUGCGAAUCCAGAAGCCUCGAAAUUCUCUACCGGGCAGUCGUAGGAGUCAUCCUCACGUUCACCUUUUUCAACGUGAAAGGACAGAACACGAAAGUCCCCAUGAUCAUCUAUUACUCUUUCUACUAUGUUGUAAAUUUUGCGGCCCCAAUAUUGUUGUAUUUUUUUAAGCAGGACCUGCAGACAAGCACAUUUUUGCUGGUAAGCAUUGGUUUGAUCUCUGGAUGUUCAGUUCUGGGGAUGCUGUGUCUCUUGGUGUACUAUCUAUUCCUGCACCCCAGGGGGAAGCAGCGUGAGGCGGAUGAGGUGGACGGCCUGAGAGAAGAAACGGAAACGACAAGCAGAAUAAGUAGAUUCUUGCAACCUUGAUGAAGGUUCUUUAAAACGGUUUCCACGGCUUGUUACAGUGAGAAGACACAGAAAUACAUGCACAGGUUGUAAAUCUUAUACUAAAUAACAGUUUGACAAGUAAAAGAUAAAGAGAGAUGUCACUAAUGCUGCUGUCAGUUAUCUUUUAGUAUUUGGAGGUAAAGCUUGCAUUGUCAGUAUUUAUGUAAAUAGAUAGCUAAACAAUUCAUAAUAUAUUUUACUGUAUACAAUAACUCAAAAUAUAUUCCUUACUUAUUUAUUCCUACCAUAUCUGACAAUCUGCUAAUCAUAACAAAGGGCAAAAAUAUCUUGAUAUUGCUCAACGAUAUUACAUUAAACCAACACAGACAUUUAUCGUCAAAUAAAAACAAAUGUGACGGUUGGAAAUAAGCUAUUUUUGUGUUGUUUUGUGUUGUGAUAUGACUUCAGUGACAUGUAGAUAAAAUAUAAUGUUAUAACUGCAAUUUGGCCUUUCUUUGCAUCUUGCAAGCUUGUGUCAGUGUGUCAUAUCUGGAAAUUUACGCCUUGUAGUUAGACAGCUCAGCCAAACUCCAAUUGCAUCUUAAUAUUGACACCUGAUAAGGUAGUACUUUGUGUGUCUGCAGCAGGGAAGGCUGUAUUUACUCUUGCUUUGUUUCAGCAGCAACACCUAUUGAAUUGGAGAACUAAGGGAGUAGUACAUAUUGACGCAAGAACCACAUUUCUGGCCAAGAUGGAAGGAACAUAUAGAGUGAAUGCUAAAUGUGAAUAAAAUUAGAUUUGUCUAACACUGAAAACAAUUCAUUGAGGUGUUGUGUCUUGCCUCUGUCAAAUCUUUCAAAUUAUACAAAGUGCACAAUAUGCUCAAAAUGCAACCAAGUUAAAUUGCAGGGCAGAAUGUGGUACUUAGGUUUAACUAAACCUUCAAAAUCAUAAUUUGCUAGUUGAAAUUACUGUUUGGGUGGAAUGAACCUUUGAAAACUUAAGUACUUGGACAGAAGGACACGUCUGGGUGCACACAAUUCAGUGGGUGGUGUUAUUGUGAAAAACAGAGGGCCUAGAAGUGUGGUCCUGAGACUGCAGCCUCAUUUUCACCGGAUGGCGACAUUAUUUAGGUUG